GAACAAAACACGACUAAUUAACAUUUAAUUAACAUUCAGAUCCACGUUGAUUUGUUACAAAAUUCUACCAUUAGGCAGGAAAGAAGGUAUUAGCUAACUAUUAAAGCUGCAAGAGAAAAUGUCAAGAAAAUACUUAGUCCUAUUUUUUAUGUCGAUGCUUUUUAAGCAAUCAUUAUUUCAAGAUGUAAAGUUAAUAUCUCACGAGGAGGCAUUGAAAAAGCUCCGGGAAGUCGAUGAUCAAUACGUAAACGGUACGAUAAAGCCGUAUCCAAAAAUUUUGAGGGACUCAAAGGGUACCACAAUGAAAUACUUGCAAGCUACCUUGAAGAACAUGAACCUGACGAUGGCAUGCAGCCAAUGUCCCCAAGUCUAUCUACCCGUCUGCACAAAAAAGGGUGAGAAAUAUACUACAUAUAAAAAUAGAUGCCUGUUCAGGUGUAAUAAUCAGACAGAUGCAAAAGAAAUAAGAAGAGGAAUCUGUAUUUACUGGUAGAGUAAAAAUCGGCCAAGUGCGAAUCUGACAAUAAACAACUGAUAUCAUAAAAUUUAUUUUCUGUGUUCUUGAAAUAAAAGUAUU